UUUUCGGCUGUCGUCUCAACAUUUGUGCAGACUUCCCAAAAUCUCCAGGCUGACUACAGCGAGGUCUCUGCGUCGCUCCUGUUCGAACUUAUCAACGUGCAGCGUGCCAUUGCUAAUGGAAUUUCUGUCAAUGCUAUUCCACGCUUCGAAAUCACUCCUUCCACCGUUUUUACACCGAGCACUCUUGAUUCAUGCGUGAAUUGGCCGUUUUCACCAGUUUAUCCCUCAGUCUCAGUACCGCCUCGAUAGCCGUUCACACGAAACAAUGGAUAUACCAUUAUGUUUCUGUGCCCUCGGGAACCCCGAGAGACCGAAUAAUCAUCGGACUGCUUCCCGUACUCAUGCAUGGCUCCCUGGGUCUUUUCCUACUCGGGUUGGUCGUCUAUCUUGUACCGUUACGCAUCGAGAUUGCAUCUACGGUUGGUGCUAUGUCACUCCUUACAAUUUUCGCAUAUCUUACCACGACCUUUCUCCCUCGCUUCUAUGUCCAAUGCCCUUACAAAAUGCCACUGCCUGCUUAUGCGUAUCCUUUUUACAGUCAAUUCUGUCAUAUGAUCCUCCCGAAAUUUUUUCAUGUCCCAGCACCACCAUCAUCGACUCCCAUCUUAUCCAUGAAAGAUGCGGAAGCCCUUGCGGUGAACGAUAAUACCUAUACUACAGAUGCUCGCGCAUUAGCUUGGCUCUAUUCUAUGUCAUCCAACCCAGUUUUGAGGAGUAUCUCCAUCCAGUCUAUAUCGCGGCUUUGUGCCAGGAAGGAAUAAAGCAAACUUUUGAAUCUGAAUGGUGCCCAGACAACCAGGAUAUUAUGGAGGCGAAGGUCGAGCGGUUCCUCCGCGCAUACCUUCGCUUUCGAGUGGAACCAGGACUCGUUUCGUGGCCCUUUGCUCGCCAACCGUGUCUCAAUAUCCAUA